GUUUCCGCAUCAGGGUCGUGGAGACCAUCCGUCGGUUAUCCGCAGCAGUCAUCCUCAUCCAAAGGGCGGACAAAAAGCCGGUGAUGCCUGCUUAUAUAGUGCACAGUGUGAUUUUCGUCCGGACAGCGAGAACUUACACAUUAACUUACGGCUCACUAGAGAGUCUCCAAGUGAAUUUGGCAAUUCGCACUUCACCGUCUCUAAUUGGUCAUACGAUGGCGCAGCGAUGGAACCCCCAGCUCGGUUUCGUGACGAUCCUGUGUUGCCUGAUUGCCGCCGAAUUGGAGGUUGCAACAGCUGCUGGGCCUCUACCUUUCAUCGUCCUGCACGGGCUCGAUGAUCAAUGCGGGAAUGAUGGAGUUACCGAAUUUACGAAGGCUCUUCGUGAUUUGUCGGGAGCCGAAGGGCGUUGCCUAUCCAUUGGAAAUGGAAGGAUUGAUUCUUGGUUGCUACGAAUCGAUAAACAGGCUGCGAUGGUCUGCAACAAGAUCAAAUCCAUACCGUCGUUGCGAAAUGGAUACAAUAUUGUCGGCCUCUCUCAGGGAAACAUGGUAGCUCGGGCUGUCAUUGAAUGGUGCCAUGGAGGACCGCCGGUUCACAAUUAUAUUUCCCUCGGCGGACCUCAUGCAGGCAUUGCGGCUAUUCCUUACUGCACAUUCUUGCCCUUGUGCAGAUUUCUCAAUGAAGGAAUUGCACCCUUAAUUUAUUCCCCUAUAGUGCAGAGCAAUUUCGCACCAAGUGGUUACUUCAAAAUCCCCUCUGAACUGUCAACGUAUUACAAACGUGCGUACCUUCUUCCUAGGAUCAACAAUGAAAUCCCCCAUGUUCAAAACAAAAGCUUCAAGAAAAGAUUCCAGCAGCUCAAUCAUUUAGUGUUAAUUCAGUUUGAUGAGGACCUGGUACUUGUUCCACCACAGUCAGCUUGGUUCCAGUAUUAUCCAGACAAUGACGUGACGCUGUGCGAAGUACUACCCCUAAAUGAGUCUGCUUUGUACAAGGAGGAUUGGAUAGGACUGAGGUCUCUAAAUGAAGAGGGCAAGGUUUCGUUUAUCAGCCUCCCAAGUGAUCACCUCAGCAUCUCCAGCCACCAGAUGGAGAAAUACAUAGUCCCUUAUAUCAAUCAGACGUCAGACUUCGGAUCAGAAUGGGUACUGAACCAGCCUCGCCAGCCCAACAACGGGAACCCGAUUUCCUGGUAUACAAAUGGUACCCAAGUGUUGAUGGUUUCCAAGAGCUAAAUUCAGGGUUUAGAGGUUUAGGGUUUCAAGGUUUUAGGGUUGAGCUGAGGCCAACCCCAUCAUCCUGCGUCCCCAAGACAGUCAUCGUCAUUGUGUUCAUAAAAUGUGAAGCUCCAGGGGAAGCAGCAGGAAAAAGCUUGAAUCAGGGUUUUUGUGGGGUUUUAGGGCUUGAAGAAUGGCAGAAGAGAGUGGAAAGUCUUUCUCAAUAGGAUUCUAAUCAUACUACGCUACAAAUGAUUAUAGUGACUUCCAGUGCUUUGAAAUCAUACAUUUUUUAGCUAUAUAUGAUUAUAUAUAUACAUAUCUCUAGUUAUUUUACUUUGGUUUUGUCAUUCCUAAAUUUUAUGAUUUAUCUUUUGACAAUCUAAAAUUUUAGUGUACUGGCAAUUGUUUUCAUCAUUGCCAAUGUUCCCCCAUAAAUUGCACACAUUACUUGUA